AUGUCUUCUAUAGUUUUGGCAAGUUACCAUAUAAUAAGCGGGAAAUUAUUUCAUGCUGUACUUGAGGAUGCACUUGCUCCUUCUGAGACCUCUAAUGAAGAAACUGAAUACAGUGAAGACACAGCUGGAUAUGUUGAAAGUAUCCAACACGUUCUCGAUGAUAUCAGUGAAGUCAGAGCCAUUGAGAGUGCAGUACAACACCAGGUUUUGAAAUAUGUGGGCAUAGUAGAUUGUGUGGCUAAGUACAGGGAGUUUAAUUGCGGUCACAAAUUGUCCCAUUUUUGUGCAAUUGACUGGAAGACUUCAGAAAAAUCGAAGCCUUUUCUAAACAACACAUAUGCCAAUCCCAUCCAGGUUGCUGCAUAUGCUGGGGCCUUGAACAGUGAUGACAACUACAGUUACCAGAUAAAGAAUGGUCUGAUUGUGGUGGCCUACAAGGAUGGCUCACCCGCUCACCCCCACUUUCUUGACUUUGGAAAGGUUACAUAUUGGGAAAAAUGGCUUCUCCGACUUGAAAUUUACAUGGAGAAAAAGUAAAUAGCCUCCUCUACCUCAAAUGCACCUGUAUUCAUAAAUACCUGUGCUAUGGUAUGUACAUAAUGUAACUUUAGGUCUAUGGUUUUUAGUUAUUUUUCUAAAUGAACCUUUUUGUAAAAAAAGUUAGUGUUCCAAGAUGAUACUAAUAUGUCCUCCCAGUAGUGUCAAUGGACAUGGAAUUGGUGAUAUAAUUAACAAGUAAUACCAUCAGAAAGUUCCAAAAAGUGAUCUUUAGGUGAGUCAAACAUGACUAUGUAAUAUUGUUGGAGAAAACAGUAUGUUCAUUUUAUUUAUCAUACAAAUAAAGAACACAGUACACAGCUUA